CAACAACAAUUAGUUCGGAAGCACCCGCAUCACUAGGGUUUUUCUCAAAAAUAAAAAAAAGGGCACCAAAAAUUCGAAAAGGGGGUUUAUUACUUUAUUAUUAUUCAGUUUUUCAAUUCAGACGAGGGUUUUUCUGGGCUUUUGUUCUUGUUCAAUCUUGCGUACACUUUUCGUAUCAUGGUACCUGUUAAUCAACCUCAUUUGGGUUUUGUUUGAAGACCAAUUUAUUUCAAGAUGAUUGCAGAAAAGCCAAUUUGGGUUCAACAUGAAGGAAUGCAAAUCUUUUCGAUUGAUAUUCAACCUGGGGGGCUUCGAUUUGCCACUGGCGGUGGUGAUCAUAAGGUACGGAUUUGGAACAUGAAGUACGUUCACAAGGUCUUGCAUUUGGACCCAGAUAAACCAAAACUAGAACUUCUUGCUACUCUUCGUGAUCAUUUCGGGUCAGUCAAUUGCGUUAGGUGGGCCAAACACGGCCGGUAUAUCGCGUCCGGGUCAGACGAUCAAGUCAUUCAAAUCCACGAGAGAAAACCCGGUUCUGGAACCACUGAAUUCGGUAGCGGUGAAGCACCCGAUGUUGAAAACUGGAAAAUCGCCUUCACAUUGCGAGGUCAUACAGCUGACGUGGUGGAUCUAAAUUGGUCUCCGGAUGAUUCAACAUUGGCUAGCGGAAGUUUGGAUAACACGAUUCAUAUUUGGGAUGUGAGCAACGGUAUCUGCACAGCGGUUUUACGGGGGCAUUCGAGUCUCGUCAAAGGGGUAACGUGGGACCCCAUCGGUUCCUUUAUAGCAAGUCAGUCGGAUGACAAAACCGUAAUCAUCUGGCGAACGUCAGACUGGAGCCUCGCACAUAGGACAGAUGGACACUGGACAAAAUCACUUGGAUCUACUUUCUUCAGGCGGCUUGGGUGGUCACCGUGUGGCCAUUUUAUAACAACAACGCACGGGUUCCAAAAACCGAGACAUUCGGCACCGGUUCUAGAGCGAGGAGAAUGGACUGCUACCUUUGACUUUUUAGGGCACAAUGCCCCGAUAAUUGUGGUAAAGUUUAAUCAUUCGAUGUUUAAAAGAAACCCGACAAAUACCCAUGAAGCAAAAGGUGCUUCCGCGGGUUGGGCUAACGGGUCAUCAAAGAACAGUGGGAAAGAAUCGCAACCGUACAAUGUUAUCGCUAUCGGAAGUCAAGAUCGUACCAUUACCGUUUGGACUACUGCAAGUGCCCGCCCCCUUUUUGUUGCUAAACAUUUCUUUACUCAAAGCGUUGUUGACUUGUCAUGGAGUCCCGAUGGGUAUUCGUUAUUUGCUUGUUCUUUAGACGGGACUGUUGCUACUUUUCACUUUGAGGUAAAAGAAAUCGGUCAUAGGUUAAGUGAUGUGGAACUCGAAGAAUUGAAAAAAAGCCGUUACGGCGACGUUAGGGGUCGGCAAGCAAAUUUAGCGGAAAGUCCCGCACAGUUGCUUCUAGAAGCCGCUUCUAAAAAGGUUACUGCACCUGUCGCAAAUAAUAAUACUCCUUCCACCAUGAAAUCGUCUAGUUUAGAUAUCGCAUCAAAGGUUGACCCGUUACCCGAUCUUGGUAAAAAUACGGUAGGAGUCGUUGACAAUACAUCGAAUAAAACCGUAACUCAAGCUCCUCGUGUGUCUAGUCCUGUAAAACAAAGAGAAUACCGACGACCUGACGGUCGGAAACGGAUCAUUCCGGAAGCUGUUAGAGUUCCUGCUCAAGGAGAAAACAUAAACCUAAACACAUCAACAGUUUCACAAUCCCAAAAUGUUGACUUUUCCAUGAAGUCAACUGAGAACGGUGAUUUAGCGUUUCGUGAGGGCCCGCCUACUAAGAAGGCAAUGGUUGCAGGCGUGUCUUCUCGAGCUACUGUUAGUGAGAGUUUAAUAAUCGAAAAGGUUCCGGUUUCUGCUGAUAAAGAUGGAAAUAUAAACGUUGAACAAAUCGGAGGUCUAAAGAGUUCUUCGGGUUCUUUUAAACCCCUUUCGAUUAGGGUUUUUGAUAAUAAAGAAGGUGAUACACAUGUUUGUUUGGAAGCUCGUCCUAAGGAACAUGCAGCCAAUGACAUUAUUGGGGUCGGGAGUACGUUUUUGAUGAAAGAAACAGAAAUUUCUUGCACGAGAAACGGUCAAACUCUUUGGUCUGACCGGAUCUCGUGCAACGUUACGGUUUUGGCCGGAAAUACCAAUUUUUGGGCCGUCGGGUGUGAAGAUGGAUCCCUGCAGGUUUACACAAAAUGCGGGAGAAGAUCAAUGCCGACUAUGAUGAUGGGGUCCACCCCGGUGUUCAUCGAUUGUGACGAUUCUUGGAAAUUGUUACUCGUCACAAGAAAAGGGUCGUUAUAUGUGUGGGACCUUUUCAACCGAAAAUGCAUACUUCAUGAUUCAUUAGCAUCACUUAUGAAUUCAGAUCCAAAAUCAACCGGGUCUGUUAAAGUAAUAUCCGCAAAGUUAUCAAAGUCCGGAUCUCCGCUCGUUACACUUGCCACACGUCAUGCCUUCAUGUUCGAUAUGAAUCUCAUGUGUUGGCUACGUGUUGCAGAUGAUUGCUUCCCGGCUUCUAAUUUCGCCAGCUCGUUUACUUUAGGGUUUCCGCAAAAUGGUGAGCUGGCAGCCUUGCAAGUUGAUGUGCGCAAAUUUUUGGCCCGAAAGCCCGGCUGGAGCAGAGUGACCGAUGAUGGAGUGCAGACACGGGCCCACUUAGAAGCCCAAUUAGCGUCUGCGUUGUCGUUGAAGUCUCCAAAUGAGUAUCGACAAUGUCUCCUUUCAUAUAUACGUUUUCUCGCUAGAGAAGCUGAUGAGGCUCGACUGCGUGAAGUGUGUGAAAAUUUUCUCGGACCGCCAACAGGGAUGGCAGAAACCGUUGCUUCUGAUGCAAGUAAUCCCACAUGGGAUCCUUGUGUUCUUGGAAUGAAAAAGCAUAAACUACUGAGGGAAGAUAUUCUUCCAGCAAUGGCAUCAAACCGAAAAGUACAACGGCUGCUGAACGAGUUCAUGGAUCUUUUGUCCGAAUACAAAACCGCCAACCCGAAUCUCGAACCACCGGCUACCACCAGCAACACAAUCACUCCACCGCCAGCAACAGAUCAAACUGCCGCCAAACCAUCAGCAACAAACGAAACAACCACUGCACCGCCAGUGGUGAAUGACGUGGCUCAAACGGAGUCUGCCACCCAACCUAUGGAUGAAGAACAACCCGGGAACCAUCCACCUAAGUCGGAUCAAAUGGAUGUCGACCCGCCCUCAACUAACAAAACCGACCCGGUUCCAGAUGAGAUGACCUCUUGAGCUGUUUUAACUUUCACAUGCCUCUUUUCAUGGUUAUUAAAUAUUUUAUUUUUUUUUAAGUUUUGAGAUUUUAUAAUUUCUGUUCAUGGAUUUUAAAUAUAUGGAUUUGUAUCAUUUUCUCCUCUUCUUUCUAUAUGAGUCUUGAUCUGAGUUUCGUU